AUGCGCGGCGUGAUUGCCAUCGAAGAGGCGACGAUAGAUCCAGGCUCCGUUUCAACCAUUGGAGAAACAAUCAAAUGUCUGAUCCCUGGCCUCGUUGACAUCGAUGCAGCUACAGCAAGCCAUGCAAAGCGGCUACUUGACCUACACGAAGAUCGCUUACGUAUCAUGGACGAACAAGGUGUUGAGUAUAUGCUCCUUGCACAUACUUCACCCGGGUGUCAAGGGCAGACAGAUCCGCAAGUGGCAGAACAAAUGGCCGACAGAUCGAAUAAGUGGCUCAGCGAACAGGUCAAGAUCAACCCUACAAGGUUUGGAGCACUUGCUGCCCUGAGUAUGCAUGACCCUUUUCAAGCUGGGAACGAGCUCAGGAGAGCAGUGCAGGAGCUUGGAUUCUUCGGUGGCCUGGUCAAUGACUAUCAAUCGACCGGCUCGGAUGGUUCGGGGAGAGCAUAUUAUGAUACCAUAGAUUAUGAUCCUUUCUGGAAGGUUGUUGAAGAGCUCGAUGUACCUAUAUACUUUCAUCCUAGAUAUCCGCCGCCACCUGAUUUAGCAUCGGAUGCACCACAGUAUGGCAAAAGAGGUCAUCUCCUGGGUGCAGGUGUCCAGUUUCACCUGGACCUCAGUUGGCAUAUCUACUCUCUGUGCUCGGGAGGGGUCUUCGAUCGCUUUCCCAAAGUGCAGAUCGUCGUCGGCCAUUUAGGGGAGAACAUCCCUUUCAACCUGCACCGUGCCGAUCACUGGUUGAAUAUGCCGCACAAGCAGUCCUCACGCCCGUGUAAGUACGACUACACGUAUUACUUCAAGCACAAUGUCCACAUCACAACCUCAGGCAACUUCUUCACUCAAGGACUCAAGUUAUGUGUCGAACUUCUCGGCGUAGACAGAGUUCAAUUCGCUAUUGACACGCCAUAUGAGAAGACUGAGGAGGGCAUGGAGUGGUGGAGAAGUGUUACCUUCGAUGGAUCAGAUGGUGAAAAGAUCAAGGAUGACAUUGCGAGAGGCAAUGCUAUAAGGGUUUUCAGGCUGCCAUUAAAGCUCUAA